AUGUCGUAUUCAAGUGACCUUGAACUUAUCGAGAAAAUUCUAAACACCGGAUGUGACGUAAAUCUUUCUGAUUUCGAAUCAAAUACACCAUUAAUGCAUGCAUCUGCAAGACUCUGUUUGAAUCUUGUAAAACUUUUACUCGAUUAUGGUGCAGAUGUGAAUGCUUGCGAUAAUAAGGGACACACGCCAUUGAUCAUGGCUCUCGGUAAUCUGAAUAUAAAUUUGGUUCAACUUUUAUUAGAUAAGGGAUGUGACGUCAACUCCAUGGAUAAUGAUGGUGGAAGUGCUCUCUUAAAGAUAGUUAGGAGAAAUCAUGUUGACUUGACAAGAGCAAUAUUAAAAGCGGGGGCA